CUUAACUAACCCUAACAACACACUCUUUCAUUUCAUCUAAAUUAGAGAAGAAAAAGGGUGAUCCAAUGUGACAUUUUAGAUGAAGAACAAAAAAAUCAUUCUAAUGGAAACAAGAUCCGUUAAGAAAAAAAGGCUUCUUGAUGAAAUCUACGCGAGUUUUUCAUGUGGUGAAGACCGCAUCAGUGAUCUUCCUGAUGCGGUCAUUCACCAAAUUCUUUUCUUCCUUCCAAUCAAAUCCAUCGCCAAACUUAGCGUACUUUCUAAGCGAUGGAAGCACAUGUGGCACACUUUCCCAGAUCUCGAUUUUACAACAAUCAAUGUCCCAUCAACAUCAACAUCAUCAUCAGGUUAUAAUAACUCAAUCUCAAAAGUCAGCUCAAACGUUUACAAAAAAUUCCACGCAAAUUGUACUAGUGCUGGAGGUGCUGAUUUCAUAGAUCAAGUGUUAUCUUUUCGCGAAAAAAAUUCAGGGAUCAGGGUCCUCCGUUUUCGUGCAAAUCUGAGUUUUUCACAUCUAAACGCCCUGAUUCGUGGCGCUGUUAAGCACAAUGUACAAGAACUUGACGUUGAAGUAGCCACUAAUGAUUAUUUCAAUUUCCCAAGAAGUGCUAUAAAUAGUGACUCUUUAAGAGUUUUUAAAUUAAAGUCAAAAUAUCCAGGAUUUAGGUUACCUCCUUCAUCAAUUAUGAAAAAUGGGUUCAAAAAUUUGUUCUCAUUGUCACUUUCGUGUCUUAUUAUGUACGAACAACCUUCGUUACAUGAUUUAUUCACGGAGACAUCUUUCCCGUUGCUUAAGAAAUUGAGUCUUGAUGGUUGUACGGGGUUAACUUACUUACAUGUAAGUUGUCGUGUACUAGAGGAUUUAAUUCUUGAAAAUUGUUUUCAAUUGGAGAAUUUAGAUAUAACGUGUUCGAAAUUGGAGAAAUUGAGUGUCAACAGCUGCUUCGAUUCGUAUUCUAGUGGUACUGAGGUUAAGAUUGUUGGUCCGAGGCUAAAAAGUAUUGUUUGGUCGAAUAAUACUAUAACGGAUCAAAGUUGUUUGGAGAAUUUAACUUGUUUGAUUGAGGCUUUUGUUGGGUUUUUUGUUCUUCUUGAGGAUCUUGGUGCAAUGAAGCUUCGAAGUGUCAAUGAUUUCUUGUCUGGCCUCUCUCAUUCACAUUCUUUAGUUCUUGAAAAUCAAAGUGUUGAGAUUCUAUCGAAGAAUAAUCACUUGGCAGGAAUUUCUCUGCGUCCUUUUAGUAAACUAAGAUCAUUAGAGUUGCACACAGGGUUCCACAAACACAACAUUCCAGGAUUAGCAAAUCUGUUUAGGAGUUCUCCAGCAACAAAUACACUAAUUCUCAAGAUUACAAAUGAACACAACAUCCAAAGAAGGAAAUGGAAUAGGGACCUAUGGCAAUUGUCAAACUCUGGUGAAGAAAGAUUUUGGGAGUCACAAAGUAAUGCUAUGAAUUCUUUCCUUCAACAUCUUAAAGUAGUGAAGAUUCAUGGAUUCUCAGAGUGUGAAAGUGAUGUUAGUUUAGUGAAGUUUUUGUUGAAGCAUGGAAAAGUAUUGCAAGAAAUGUUCUUGUGUGUAGCUGAGCUUUCCAAAUCAAGAGACUCACUUCAUAGAGAAAAAAUCAAAUCACAAAUAAUGGGGUUUUCCAAAGCAUCUUGUAAUGCUAAGAUUGUGUUCAAGUAAACUUAGAGAU